GUUACUGUUAGAGGCAGUCUCCUGUAUGGUUUCGCGAAAUAGAAGCUGACAGUGUCUUUUGCAGGUUGUAGGAGCAACAGGCAUUUGUCUCGCAUUCCGGUAUCUUUUUCUUUUAACUUUUUAAUUUAUGUUCUGAAAUCAGAAUGGGGUGUUCUACUAGUACCCAAACUACAGCGCAAGAAGCAAACAGACCAUCCUGUAAACCAGAGGGGAGCAAUGGAGCCGGUACGAUGGUGGCCAGGAAUGAGAACGGCUCCGUUGCGGAAGACAGAGAGACCCUUCCGGACCAGGCCGAGCUGCCGGCACAGAGCAGCGCCCCCGAAGGCCCGCCCGCCGGAGAGGAAGCCCACGCCUCCGCCUCUGCCGAGCCCCCAGCAGAGGGCGCAGACACCGCGGCUGCUCCACCAGCAGAGGAGGGCGGAGAGACAGCCCCGGCACCCGCGGAAGAGGGAGCGGACGCACCCCCUCCGGACACCGUAGCCCCUGCGGAGGAGGCGCCCGCCGCCUCGCCCGAGCCCGCCCCCGAGGGUCAGGAGGAAGGUAAAGCUACGGAGGAGGGGGAGGCGGCGGCAGCAACAGAGGAGAAGGAAGCAGGAAGUGAGGCCCCAGCAGACCAAUCGGAGGCCACCCCAGCGGAGUAA